CUUUCUUGUAGCGAAGAAGAUUAAUCAAUAAUGGCUAUUAUUAACUGUGGAUUUUUAAUUUUGAUGAUAUUGAUCAGAGAUGUAGAGUUAUGCCGAGAAAAGAGUAGAGAUCAAAGUAACAUAAACAAGAGAAUAAUUUCAUUAAAUGAAUACAAAAUAGAAGUACAAAAGAUAAUAGCAGAAAUUAGAAAACCAAGUGAACGCUUAAGCGAUGACAUCGUGGACUAUUUGCUUGAAAAUCUGAACAAUGCCCAGCAAACAUAUAAAUUUGGUUCUGUUUUUCAUUACAAUGCGACCGAUUUUUAUCAACAAUUCAGCACAACCACAAGAGAUGACAUUCAAAUUUUAAGCGGUGGACGUCUUGGUCACCCAAAUGCGAUUUCACACUAUAUUUGCAUUUGUUAUAGACAUAGACAACAUAUUGUAUAUAUUUAUGAUAGUUUAUUUCGACUUAAAAUAACCAAGCGUCAUAGAGAAAUCAUGCAAAAGCUUUAUCCAGCUGCAAUCAUUUAUAAACAUAAAAAGCCAGCAACCCUUCAACAUGAUUCAACAUCAAGUGGACUGUUUGCAAUAGCUUAUGCAACAAUGUUGAUAUUAGGAAAGGAUCCAACCACUUAUGAGCUUAAAUUAAAUACAACAGAAGGUGCCGAUCAAGGCAGUUUCAUGCGAGAACAUCUUAUAAAAAUGUUACAAGCGAAAAAAUUAUCACUCUUCCCUUCGACUGAUCAACUAUGAGAAUGUGAAUUUUAAAUAAUAAUUCAAAAUUGGUGUUGGUUCACAGAAAGAAAAAAUGUGGUAUUUUUAAUUCAAUUUUGGUAGAU